AUGAAAUCUAAUGGUGCUUCAAAAGUAAUUUUUAUAAUUAACCAUAUUUAUAUUUAAUAAAUUCAUAUAACUGUGAUAAUUUCAUUUAACUAUCUUCAAUCCUUUAUUAAAUAAUAAUAUUUUUUUGUUUACUUUAGGCCGAAAUUGGAGAAGCUGUCAAAACUUUAUUAGCUUUGAAAGGGGAAUACAAACAAAUUGCAGGUGUAGAAUUUCCACAAGGUGGUAUACCUACACCAAAGUCAAGUGAACAGUUAACUUCAAUACCAAAUUCUCAAUCAGCUGAUGAAAUUAUUACCAAAAUUAAUGAACAAGGGAAUAAUGUGCCUACCAUGAAAUCCAAUGGUUCUUCUAAAGUAAUUUAUAAAGUCUAAAAAUUUUAAUUAUGAAAGGAUUAUUUAAGGAAAACUAGAUUAAUAGUUAAUUAUAAGUAUUUGGUAUAAUUAAAAAUGUGGUACAGCUAAAAAUAUUAUAUGUCAUUCCACUUUGAUUGGUUUAAAAUAAAGCAUGAUGUCACAGAUACAUUAGUUAGGUUCAAUGCAGGCAUUUCCUGCUCUAUAGUCAUUUAUUUAUAUAUUACAUUAAAAUAAUUAAAAUUAAGACCUGUUUUCAUAUUACCAAAAGCUUAGAUACUUUCCUAUAAUAAUACUAACAUCCUAUUGAAAUAAUAAAUAUUAAAGGUUGGCAAGUUAAAUUUAUCUGUAGUAUAUUAAUAUUCUACAAAUAUAACCACCAUACUCCUAUGUUUUGAGUGCCUAGUUAUUAUUAUGAUUAUAUAAUAAUAAUAACUUAAUAAUAUACUUUUAUUGUCAGUACCAAUAAAAUUUUUAUACAAAUAUUUUUCUGUUCAUUAUUAGUAGUGUAACCCAUAUUGACAGCAGAAAGUUAUUUAAUUUUCUUAAGAUCAUCUACAUUUUUAUUUUAUUUUUUAUAAUUGUUAAACUUAAAAUUUUGUGUUCGGUUUUUGGUUGUUUGUAUUAUAGCAACAAAGAAGAAAACAAAAACUUUCAUUUUUACAGGUUUCUAAUGUACAAAUAGUCUACAUAAAGAUAUAUAGUAUAGGUUAAUUUUUGUAAACUUAAACAUCUUAUGCUAGGAAAAAGUAAUAGAACUUGUUUAUCCCAUUUUAAUAGUAAUGAUUUCAAUGGGUCUGAUGUAUUAUGUGAGCAAUUGUGACACAAAAGUAGUGAUCCUAAUGUGAAUACCUUAUUAAAAUACAAUGCAUUUCCUUCUAUUUACAAAAUAAAGUGUAUGGACCCUUCCUUUGCCUUACCAUCCACAAGUAGAUAUGAAAGACAAAAUAGAAUAAGAGAAAAUCCAUUCAUUAAAAAGGAGCACAUCUAUAAAAAAUAUAAAGAUGAACUAAACUUUUUGAAAAUGCAAAAUUACUAUUUGGGUUACCUGAACAUCAGGUAAAAACAAAGAAAUAAAAUAAUUGNAAAGAAAACAUUUGAACUCCUAACUUGUUAUCCACUGGUCAGAUCCAAGACAGAUUUCAAUAGCUAAAAACCUGUCCCUGAAAACACAGAUUAUUUUUCAAAAUAAUUUGUAAAAAUCGGUCCAGUCAUUUUUAGUCAAUUAAUCUUAAGUAAACUGUAUACAUAUGCAUUUUAGUGAGUUAAUGGAAAAUAAAAUUGAAUAUUUUGAAAAACCCUUUCUUGGUGAUCACCAUUAUUGUAUAAUGGACUUCUGUAACAGAUAAUAUUUUUUUAAUUUCUUUUGUUUUUGAACUUAUUUUUUUAAUGUUAAUAUAUUAUAUUAUAUCUUAAUGAGUAGGGUUGGUGACUUCUUUAUUUCCAUAUCAUUUUGAAAAAAUUGAAAAAUUAGCAGAGUCAAAAACAUAAACACUGUUUAUCGUGUAAGAAAUCUAAAUCCUACAUUUUGUUCUAUAUGUUAUGUAUCAUAUUUUACAGUUUUCGUUUUUAAGAUUUUAUUUAAAUUGUUCAAAUUCAUAUACUCUGAUGUAAGAUAGUAUACACUAUUAUAAAAUAGUUUAUUUAGUUAACAAUCAUUGUGGUUGAUCAAUAACUCUCAAGUUAAGUUUAUUAAUAAAAUUAAAUAAUAAAUAAUUACUUUGUUUUAAUAAUAUUACUUUUAUUGAUCAUACUUGCUGUUUUAUAAAAUUAUAAUAAAUUUAUAUUUAAUUGGAAAAUUAUUAUUUUUAGAUGAAAAAACCUAAGAAAAAAGAAAAUGUACCUAUUAACACUUCGAAAACUACAGAUAGUUCUCAAACCAAAAAAAUCACAAAGUUAGGAUUAGAAGUACCAAAGGUUGCUGAAAAUCUUGGCGAUUGGUAUUCUCAAGUUUUAGUAAAAAGUGAAAUGAUUGAAUAUUAUGAUGUGAGUGGUUGUUAUAUACUCAGACCUUGGGCCUAUAAAAUAUGGUCAUUAAUACAAGAAUGGUUUGAUGCACGUAUUAAAAGUGAUCCGCUUAAUGUGGAAAAUUGUUAUUUUCCAAUAUUUGUCUCUAGAGGUGCAUUGGAAAAAGAAAAAGAGCAUAUAGCUGAUUUUGCACCUGAGGUAAAACAUAUAAAAAAUACAAAUACAAAAAAAAGAUUAAAAUAUUUCUUUAAAUAGGUAGCUUGGGUAACCAAAUCUGGUGAAACUGACUUGGCUGAACCAAUUGCAAUAAGGCCAACUAGUGAGACAGUUAUGUAUCCAGCUUUUGCUAAAUGGAUUCAAUCUUACAGAGAUUUUCCUUUAAAACUCAAUCAAUGGAACAAUGUUGUGGUUUGUGGAUUUGAUUGUCAUAAUAUAAUAUAUUAAUAUUGAUAUUAAUCAAUUUUUAUUAUAUUUCUUAUAAAUUAUUUAAACAAAUAUUUGAAAUAUUAUUAGCGAUGGGAAUUUAAACAUCCCCAACCAUUUUUAAGAACCAGAGAGUUUUUAUGGCAAGAAGGACAUCAUGCUUAUGCAACACAGGAAGAAGCUGAGCGUGAUGUAUUAAUAGUAUUAGGUAGGCUACUUCAAUAUAACUAAAUAACAUUUAUAUUGAAUGAUUUCAUAAUUAGUUAUGUUUGUAUGAUUUUCAGAUUACUAUGAACAUGUCUAUAGAAAUAUGCUGGCAGUACCAGUGAUCAAAGGUAGAAAAACUGAAAAAGAAAAGUUUGCUGGUGGAGAUUUUACUGCUACAUGUGAAGCAUAUAUAGCGGCUAGUGGCCGUGCUAUACAAGGCGCUACUUCACAUUAUUUGGGUACCAAUUUCGCCCGUAUGUUUAAUGUGGAAUAUGAACAUCCAGUUACCCAUGAGCAAUUGUUCGCCCAUCAAAUAUCUUAUGGGAUGACAACAAGAACUAUAGGUGUAAUGGUCAUGGUUCAUGGUGAUGACCGUGGGCUAGUUUUACCACCAAAUGUAGCCACAAUUCAGGUAAAACAUAUGAGUUGACUCAAACUAACUUUAACUUAUUACUAUUAAACUUUGUGGAAUUAAACUUUGUUUUUGCUUUUGGUGAAGAAUGUAUUGGUUUUACUAAGAUUUUUUUUUCUGUGUAAGAAAAUUCUAAAAGAAAAUAUUGUCUCAAUGGUACUUUUGAGGGAUCAUUUUUUGAUUUUCCAAAUGGUUUUUAUAAUAUCUGGGAAGAACUGGCAUAAAAUAUUAGAAAAACAAAAAAUGUAUAAAAUGUAGGUAUUAGUAAAAAUAUAUUAUGGCCUUUUUUUCUGUGUACAACAUUUUUACCAGCAAUUUCGCUCCAAUUUUAAAAUGUUAGUACUUUUUCUGACUGGAAAUCAGACUGAGAAGGUACUUUAGGGAAGUCUAUUUUUAAUUUUCCCAAGUUUUCCCUAUGUUAUAUGUUUUCCCUUUAUUUUCACUAUGAUAAAGUGGGGAAAAACAUGGAAAACUUGGUACAAUAUUAAAUAAAUAUUACUAAUGAAAAUAUAUAGAGCCUAUUUAAUUAUUUUAUCAUAAUAUGACAUAUUUAUUGUUGACAAAGCAUCACUAUCAACUGAAUUCCUCCCAGAAUUAGUUUUUCUUUAGCAAUGGUUUAUCUUGUUUACAGAUAUACUUUAAAGGUACCUAUAACAGUGGCUGCACAUAUUAUCUUCUAUUUUCCAUUCCUAGGAUGUCUUUUUAUUAUUUGGCAAAGAAUUUAUUUUUAAAUUUAACUCUUAAUUUACAUUCAUUAUUGAUACAACUAUUACGAUUUGUAACUUAUUACUAUUAAACUAUACUUGUGUAAAAUUGCAGGUAGUUAUAAUUCUGUGUGGUGUAGGUGUUAGCACAUCAGAAGAUAUUAAACAAAGUUUGACAAGAACUUGUCUAGAAGUUUAUAAUCGGUUAAAAGGAGAUAAUUCAUCAAAAGAAAAUGAAAUAAAAAAUUCUAAUCUUUUAUGUAAGGGUUCUAUAAACAUUAGAGCACAUGCAGACUUGCGAGAUAAUUACUCACCAGGUUGGAAGUUCAACCAUUGGGAACUAAAGGUAUUCUUUUAAUUUUAAUUGUGAUAUAAUUGAUGUAAAUAUAAUAUAUAGUUAAAAAUAGAAAAAUUUAAAUCAUUGUAUCUGCUUAAUUAAAUUAAUUUUUCAGGGUGUUCCAUUAAGAUUGGAAAUUGGACCUAAAGAUUUAGAUCGUGGACAAAUUACAGCUGUGAGGAGAGAUACUGGUGAAAAACUAUCUAUUCCGUUAGACAUGCAUGACAAAAACAAUCAAAAUGUACAAGACUUGUUAGUAGAUAAAAUCCACAAAUUACUGGAGCAAAUACAACAAGAUAUGUUAGCUAAGGCAGAACAAGAAAUGAAAAACAAUGUCAUAAUAUGUCAUAAAUGGUCAGAUUGUGCUAUUAAUCUGGCAAAAAAACGUUUAUUACUAGUACCAUUUUGUGGACGACCUUCUUGUGAGGAUAAUAUUAAACGGGAUACUGCAAAGUAUGAAUAAACUAGAUAUUCUAUAUUAAAAAAAAAAAACAAAUAUGAUCAUUCAAAAUUUAACAUUAUGAUUUUAUAGGGAUGAUGGUACAGCUGAAAUUGGAGCUUCCACCAUGGGAGCUAAGUCUUUAUGUGUGCCAUUUGAACAGCCUGAUGGAAAUGAAAAACUUAAACCAGAUGAUAAGUGCAUACACCCAGAGUGUAACCAGAGAGCUGGAUUCUUCACCUUAUUUGGUCGGAGUUACUGAACAAUUACUUUUCCUUUAUUUUACAGAUGUUGAUAUAAUGUCUUUUAUUAACUAAAAUUUAAAUAAAUAUGCAUUUUUUUUUCCUUUGUAAUCUGUUCAUGAAUAAAUAAAUUAUCUAAUACUUACAAUAGUUGUUUAAAAAUAUAUUAAAAUAAUUGAAAUCCAAAUUCAUAGGUAUACAAUAUCACUUUUUAAAGUGUAUAGUAUACAUCAAGUAAUUAAGAAAAGAACACACAUUAGUCAUGUUAGAUGUCCAGUUUAUUUAUUUUUUUGAAAAGUAGAAUUAUGUAUAUUUUAAAUGAAAUAAAAUAUAAUAAUUAUUAUUAAAUCAAUUAAGAAUCAAUUCUUAAAAAUUGUUUAUUAAUAAAUAAUUGAUAAAACUAAAGCAAUAACUCCUAACUCAUUAGGAUUUAAUUAUAAAAUUGUAUAAAUAAAAAAUAUUCUUUGCCAAUAUUAUUUUUAAUUACAUUUAAUUAAGAAUGAUUAUCAGAUUUGCUAUAGUAAAAUUGUUAUGAUCAUUUAAUAUGUAUGCGAAUAAUAAUGUUUAAAUAAAAAAAAGAUAUAAAUAUAACUAAUCUAAUUAAAUUCUUUAACAAUAAAAUGAUGUGAAAAUGAAAUUUUACUAAAAUUAAAAAUAAUUUAUAAACUGUUUUUUGAUCCUGUUAAUUGUAAAAAAAAUAAAAUGUAUAAAAAUAUAUAUUAUAAUAAUAAUAAAUGGUAAAAUAAGUGUGAAUUUAAAAAAAUGUUGUUAAUAUUGCAUUAUUAAUUAAAAAUCCUCAAGCAUGUAUUCAAGAUCAAUUUCUGGGGGUGGGGUGGUUGAUAAUAAAAUUAAUAUUUCCCUGUAUCAUUAAAUUUUUCUUUAAUUAAUAAAUCAUUUGUAUAAUAAAUAAUAAUACAAAUUAAUAUUAUUUUUAUAAUAGAUAUUAUGAAUAUUUUUAAAUUUUUGUUUAUACUCAGUUCAUUAAAUGUAAUUUUUGAAAUUAUAAAAUUAAAUCCUCUUAUAUAAGGAAUACAAAUUAUAAAAGAAAUUUCUAAUUUAAUAAUUAUGUUGAAUUUAAAAAAGGAUUUUAUUAAAAUUUAAAAUAACAUUUUAUAUUAUUAUUAUUUUAAAUAAUUUGUAUGAUUGUGAAUUACAAUAUCAAUUAUUUUUUUAAGCUUUCAAUUUAUAAUUAUGUAAGUUAUUUUAUUUGAAACACAUUAAUUUUUUUUAAAUUAAAUAUAAAUAAAUUUUUAUCAGAAAGUUAUUUUAUAAAUAAUUUAUUUUAUUAUUUUAAACUAAUAAAUAUUGUUGAAAAGAUUAAAAUAAUUUAUAUAUCCUCUAAAAUUUAAUAGAUCACAAUUUGCAGUUUUUUAUUUAAAUUGAUAUUUUUUUUUUCAAUAUUAUUAUUCCAAGUAUCUAAUAAACCUUUUUAUUUUUUUGGCUUUUAAUUGAAAUCGAGGUUUUUUUAUAUUUAAUCAAGUCUAAAUUAAUAUGUUAUUUUUUACUUAUUAUUUUUUCAUUUAACAUAUUACAUUUUCAAGGCAAAUUAAAUAUUAUACUUUUUAUAACUAUUUUCCUUAAGAUUAUAAAAAUUAAAAUGUUAAUAAUAAUAAAUCAAAAUAAAUUAUGUUUAAAAUGUUAAAUUAUUAGUAUACCUAAUUAUUAAAAUUGAAAUGUCACAGUUUAAUGAGAACAAAAUAGUGAUUUAAUAAAUAACCAACAUUUAAAAGGUGCUGAUAAAAAUCAGCACCUUUUAAUUUUAUUUUAUAUUAUUUUAUAUUAUAUAGUAUAUUAAUUUUAUUUUUAUAUAAGUUGAUAUUUUAACUAAAAAUAAAAUUGUUAUACAUUAAUACUAUUCCAAUUAUGAAAAUUGUUUUAUUUAAUUAAUUAAACUUUUUGAUUGGAAAUCAAAUAUACUUUUCAUAUUAAUAUAAUUAAAUUAUUUUAUUAGUAAAUGUAAUAGUUAUAAUAUCAGGAUACUAUUUCAAAUCUAAUAUGGUGACUAAAAGAAAAUAAGAUUUUAAUAUUCAAAUUUAAUUUAAUAUUUAGAAAAUAGUUCCAAUGUAAACUAUAAUAAAAUAGAGUAACUAUAUAAAGUGAUGAGUCAAAGAAGGUAAUAUAGCUUGAUUUUAUUCAAUUGUUUGUACAAUUAAAAAAUAUAAUCUUAAAAUAAUAAUUUAAAUUAUAAAUUGUAGUUUUUGAUUGUUUGUAUUAUUUAAUAGAUAGACUUCUAUAGUCUGUUACUGUUUUUAAACGUUAUACUGUACAUUUUGAAUAAAAAAAAAUAAUGGUGUUUAAUAAAGCAAUAUUAAUAAUGAAUUUGAAAUUAUUUUAUUUUGUUGUAUGGAUACAGAGAUAUCUUCUCCAUUAGUAAAAAUUUAAGAAAAAUGUAAUUUUCGAUUUGUUGAGGUUUUAGGGAAAAAAUAUUGACAUAAAAUAACUAAAAGACACUACUGUAUCAUAGCUAUUUAUGACCAAUAAUCACAUACAAGAGCAAAACAUGGUCACUGACCAAAGGAGACAGCAAACAGCUAAUUAAAUAUAAACCUUUAAAAGAAAGGUACCCACUGAAAAAUAUAUACAGUCCAAAAUUCACCAGAAUUAAAAACUUAUGACAAAAGAAAAAAACAACAACUACAGGAGUUACAUAACAUAUAUUAUAUCAUCUAUAAAAAUCAAACAAAUAGAAUAAUGGUUCCAUCAUAUUUGGAGGGGGGAUGGACAAAAGUCCUUUAGGAAGACCAAGGGCCUGUUUUUUUUAAAUUUUAUCCGUGUUACUAAAGUAUAUUGUAAACCUUCUGAGUUUCUUUGUAUAAUUAUAAGUAUAGCUUUAUUUAUUGAUAUUAUGGAUGACCAUAAUUAUUAUCCUAGCUAAAUGAAUAACAAAAAUGCAUAAAUUAAAUACAAACUUGUAUUGAUCUUCAUAAUAUUUACCUAAUAUACAAUAUAAUGUUUAAAAUAUACUUUGUAAGGUGCUCAGAUUUUUAAAUGCAGCAACUUUUCUAAUAAGAAAUCAGUGUAGAGAAGUACUUAAGGGAGGUCAUUUUUCGAUUUUCUCAAAAGUUUUCUAAUCAAAUGUGAAAAACCGAAAAAACAAAAUGGGUAAAUGUAUGAAAUAUAUAACUAAAAUAUUACUUUUUUUUUUCUGUACACAAUAUUCCUACCGGAAAUUUUGCUUCAAUUUACAAUGAUAGCAUUUUUUCUAAAAGGAAAUUUUGCUGGGAAGGUACUUUAAAGAGAUUAUUUUUCGACUUUCCCUUGAGUUUUUUCAACAAAUGUGAAAAACCAAAUUAAAAAUGGGAAAAUAUAAUGAAUGUACUAGUUAAAAAAUAUGAUGGCCUUCUUAUUUCUUGUGAACAACGUUUCUUCCAAACAUUUUUCUCUACUUUACAAUGAUGGCACUUUUUCUAAAAAAAAAUUUAACUGGGAAAGCACUUUAUGGAUGUCAUUUUUCGAUUAUCCCAAAAGAGUUUUCCAAGCAAAUGUGAAAAACCAGAAAAAACUUAGGAAAAGCAAGAAAAUCGGUACAACAUUAAACAAAUAUUUUUAAAGAAAAGUUUAUUUAAUUAUUUCAUUAUAAUAUGACAUAUAUAUUGUUGACAAAGCAUCACUAUCAUCUGAACCCUGCUCAGAAUCUUUUUUUUGUUAGUUACGGUUCAUACAUUAAAUUACAUAUAACAGUGGUUGUGCCCAUCUUUAAUAUCUUAGGACGUCCUUUUUUAUCCUAAAUCCAUUUCAAUAAUAUAGUUUCUUUUAACUAUUUCAUAGCCUUCGAUUAAAAAGUCUUUUAAAAUCACCAAUACAUUGAAUUAUAUUGGUUAUUUCUUUACAGAAUUAAAAAUUAUGUACUUUAAUUAUUACAAAUUGUAAACAAAAUAAGUUUUAAUAAGAAAAUUGAAUAUCAAACCAUUCAAAGUUACUAAUAAAUCGACCAUUUUGGCUAAAUUACAAUUAUUAUAUUCUAAUUCUAUAAUAACGCCAUCUGUUUGAUAGUUUUAUCAUUAGUGUCGACUAGAGCACCACCUAUAGUUCCUUUCACUCUCUUAUAAUCAGCUAUGGCGUGAGUACUUGACUUGUAGUCACGUUGUCCGCACUGUUUAUUUUUUUUUCUUUAGAUAACGCACUGCCAUAUUACAUAUUAUGAAAAAUCCAACGACGUUGUGUUUCUCCAUUUUGUUUUCGUUUAGUUGUGUCGGUCUUUUUGUAAUCCUUGUGCUGCCAUUUUCAUCUUACGCAUCCUCUGAGUAUACACCCAGCAUUUAUUGUUUUUUCGGUAAGUAUUUGAUAUUGUUUAUUUUAUAUUAUUAAUUUGUCGUUGAUAUCUCCAUCUUCUAUAAUGAUUGGUAUCGGGUUGUCUAGCAUUGUCAUUUUUUUAUCCGUGUGAAUUAUUUAAUGAAAUUAAACUUGGAUUAACUAUUCAAAAAUGAAUGUUGUUUUUUUUUAAACUCACUUUUUAAAUAUAUAUUUCAUAUUUCGUGUUUUUCAUACAACGAGAAACGUUGGAGGAUUUUUCCUCUUAAAGCCUUUUGUUUUUUGUUACUGUUGUUAUAAUCUUAUAAUUGUGUUUAAAAAAAAAAAAGCAGUAGGUAUUAAUUAUGUGGUAGUAUUUCUAUUGUAUUGUAUAUUGUAACAACAAUAUUUUUUAAAUUUUAACUAACAUUGAGAUUAAAUUUUAAAAGGUGUAGAAAAUUUAAAAAAAUUAUGUCUCAAAAAACAUAAAAAAAUCAGGGAAUUUGCAAACUUAAAAAUUGUGGCAACCCUGUGAUUUACAUUGUGUAUAAAUUGUUUGCUUUUCUGAUGAAUUCACUUGGAUUUCUUGAACUGCUUUGUAUAAUUUUAUUUGCAUACAGCACUAAUGCAUUGUAUUAAUUAUUUGCACAACUAUAGAAAUUCACAAAUUUUUAUUAAAAAUUGAAAUAAUCAAAUUUAUUUUGUUUUAUUUUAGAUAACUUAGAUUCUUUAAAUACAACUGCAUCCACACCAGAAUAUAUGGCUGAAAAAAGGCAAGCUCCUCAAUGGUUCUCAACAGAUUCUCCACAAAAACAAAAAAAACUUGAUAAAAUGGAAAAUUCUACAAAUGUUAAACAACAAGGGUAGCAUAUACAUUUGAUUUAAUAUUUUUAUUGCUUAAACAGUUUUUGACUUGUUAGUUUUUUAAAUUGGCUUUACAAAUUUAAGGGCUAAAAGAAUAUAAUCUUUUAUACUUUACAAAACAAAAUAUAUAGCUAAUGAUUUAAUUUUAUUAUUUCUCAGAAAUCCAUAUGUACCAGAAGAUGUAAAAAUUGUAAAUGAACUUGUGCCCAUUAAUAUAAAAUGUUUGAGCAAAAUGUUAAGUCUCAAAAAAUUAGAAAUAAAAUGUCCAGCUGGAAUUAAACUGUUAUCACCGCCAGAACUAAUAUCAUCACAUUUGACCAAACUAAAAUCUUUGGUAAGUUAUCAUAGUUAUACUUAAAUUAUAAUUCUAGUUUUAGAUCAAGAAGUUUAUAAUGUUUUUACUUUUAUGAACCACUAAUUGUUUUCAAUUAAAUUAAUUAAUUAAUUGCCCUUUAAAAAUAUAUAAGUGUAAAAUAUUACUAUAUAACUAAUUAUACCUGUGUAUCAUUUAUUUAUUUCAGUGUAUAGUUAUAAUAUUUAUUAUGGUUUUUCUUAUUUUUAUGUUUUUGAUUUAACUGUAUUUUUUUUUUUUUUUUUUUAGUCAUUAAAAUCUGUUAAAUCAUUUUCUGGAGAUAUCUGUACAGAUCUAGGAAAAAUGUCAAUGGACCUGGAAACUUUAGAAAUAGGAGACUGUGAAUACUUACCUAAUGAUUUCUCUAUGGUUUUAAAAAAAUUAACAAAUUUAAGAUACUUAAGAUUAGAGAAUUGUUGUGGUAAAUGGAAGGAAUUCGCAGAAGAAUAUUUUGAUGCCAUUUUAUCAAUGAAAAAAUUAAAGAAAUUGGAAUUAAUUAACAUUGAAUUCAGUGAUUGUGUGGCACAAAAAUUGGCAAAAUGCAAUAGUAUAACAGCUUUACUAAUAAUUCCUGCCUAUGUAUGCCAAGUAAGUAUUAUACUAUUGUAAUUUUUAACAUGCUUAUAGAAUCCUACUAAAAUGAUGUAUUCUUUUAGUCUGCAACAAUCAAUUUUCACCUUCUUCAGUGUAUUGAAAAACUCUCCAAAACAUUAAGACAUCUAGUUUGGGGAUUCACAAAAGAGUUACUUCAAGUAACUGAUUUAUUCAUUACUCAGUAUCAACAAAAUCUAGUUGGUUUUGGCUGCAGUAUAAAUAUUUCAGAAAAAAGUGAACCUAGAAACAAUAUCCCAAUUUUAAGGUCAGAACCAAAACCACAACGUGAAAACCAAGAAAUUCCUGAAAAUAUUAUUGACAUACUUUCAGUACCAUCCCUACAAGACUUGUUGAAUUCAAAAAUGGUAAAUGUUGAGAUUAGAGUUAUUAAGAUACCCUUUUCAGCAACUACUGAAGUGUAUUUAUCAGAACUGUUUGGUGAACUUAAAAUAACAAAAAAAUGAAAUAUUUCACUACUAUUUUUAAAAUUAAGUUUAAAUUAAAUUAAAAACACAUUCUUCAUGGUGCAGAAAUCUGUAACAAUUUAAAUUAAUAAUAAUUUUAGGUAUAAUGUUAAUUGAUAAUUUGUAAAAUAACUAAUGUUUUUUUUGAUCAAGUACUAGGAAUCAACCAUUUUUUUUAAAAAAAACUGAUUUAUAACCAUGUUUGAAAAUGAAACCACAGUCUUCAAAAUCCCAAACCUAGUUUAUUUUUCUGUAAUGUUUAGAUAAUGCUUUUAAAAAAUUUGAAAUUUUUAAUGGGUUUUUUUAAAAACUAGGUUUAUUCCCUGAUUAAAUAAAUUACCUUAUGAAUAUUUAAAAGUCAUUCAAUAUUGUUAAUUAUUGUAUCAAUUUUUGUUUCAUUUAGCUUUUCUAUUUGUUUUGUAAAUAAUACAGUUGUAACAGUGUGGAAAUUGAGUAUUAUAAAUUAGUUAACCCUCAGGUGUAAACUGUUAGUAAUAUUUUUAUUUUAAAUAACUAUUCAAGUAGAUCUUAAUAAUAUACAAAUCAUGAGGAGAGCUAGAACACACUACACAACUGCAUGUCAUUUGUUGUGACAAAUAUUGUACAAUAAUAACUCCUUAACCUAAUCUAUGCUAUCAGUGUUACUAUAACACCCCCUCUUAGUAAUAUAAUUAUACAAAUUAAUAAUUAUUAUUUUAAACAGUAAAAAUUCAAAAUUAUAUGUAAAUUAUUUUAUAGUAUUUUUUUUUUUUUUUAAUUAGAACAAUUACAAAUGAAUAUAACCAAUAUAUAAUGAAUAACUUAACUAAUUCUUAAAGUUAUUAACAAAACAAAACAACUACUACUACUUAUGACUAACUUGUUUACUUACUACAAAUUAACCUAUCCGGUUUUUUUAUUUUUCUUUCUGAUCUUCUCAUUUUCUCAUAAUUUACUCUUUUUUUGUCUUCAAUUAUUUCUUCAACUUCUCUCUCCUCAAACUCCAAACUUAAUGUUUUUCUUUUCCAUAAAAAUAUCACAUUUCUUUUUACUUUUCUCCCCUUUGAAUCUUUCACCAAGUAAUUUCUUGGUCAUUUAAGUUUUUUAACAAUUGUUGCCACAUGUUUUAUUAAAUUUAUUCUGUAACCAAACUAUUUCAUUUUCAUAAAAUAUAGACUCUUUUACAGUACCUUUAUCACCAAAAUAUUUUUUCUGUAACAUCUGGUUACUAAUCAUUUAUUCUUUUACAUUGUAAUUACUGUUUUUAGUCUGCCUAUCCUUAAUAGAUAAAUUUGUUCUUAACAUUUUAUUUUGUAAUAAGUUUACAAAGGAUACACCAAUAUUCACCAAUGGUAUAUUUCUGUAGCCAAACAACCAAUUUUCUAAGUUACUAUUUGACUCUACACAUUUUUUCAAAAUCUUCAUUAUUAUAGCUAUAUCUCAGUUAAUCGAUUAUUGACCAGAUAAUUUGGACUGGAAUUAUUAAUUCCAUUUCCUCAAACUUAGCCAAAUAAUUUAAAUUGUUAGCUGUUAAAUGGCAUAAUUAUCCGCUACUAAACUACUAAGGAUAAAAAUUUUAGAUUUUAAAAGAAGGUAUAACUUAAACUAAUUCCUGGGAAAUAGAGGUUUCUAAAAAUAUAAUUUCACUUAAUAACUUCAUAACUAAAGAAACAACAAAAAGCUUAAGAGUUUAAACUUCAAUCAACUAUUAGUUAAAAGUGAAAGCCUUCACAGUGUUUGAUUUGGCUAGAUAUGUAUUAAGUUCAAAAGCUAAUCAAGAAAACAUAGAAGUUAAUACAUUUUAGAAUAAUUAUUCUUUAUUAAACAAAUUUAUUUGAAUACCAAUAAGUGCUUAGCACUUGAAAAUAAUUGUAUAUUAGUGAUCUUAACUUUUGAAAUAUGUUAUUCACUGUAAGCUGAAGGAGAAUCCCUCACACCUGGUUCAUUUUAUUUGACACAUUUUUCAUUUUGAUAUAGUAGUCAGCAAGUCAGCAAUUAUGAUUUUUUUUAUGAUUUAUGAUUAUAUAUUUAUAUGAACAUUAAUAUAUCAUUUAUUAUUUGUAAUACACCUAAAAAUAGUAAAUAAUUUAAAAUAGUUAUAUAUAGGUAAUUAAAAAUAUUUAUGUAGGUAUAAUAUUGACAAAAUAAUAUUUGAUUUGAUAGUUGAUACUUGAUACCAAUGUCUAUAGAUUACUAGCUGCUGGUGAUCUAAGAAAGGUACAACUGCAAACCACAGAAAGUUUCAAUAAAAUACAUUAAUAAUUAAUCUAUUUACCUAUGUACCUACUGAAAAAAAAUGGUCUGAUAUUAUCAGUCAAUAAAUUCCAUUUAUUUCACGUCAAGAACAUCAAUUGAAUACAAGUAACAAAAUUACUUGAAGUUGAAAAUGCUUUAGAAAUUUUGAAUAUCUCAAAAACAAAAUGUACUACUAGGGCUGAAUUGGUUAAAUCUGUUUGGAUAUCAUACAAACAAAUUUUUGAUAUGCUACAUGAUAUGCCAGACUUAAAAUCUAUGGAUAAAAAAACAUGUAAUUGCAUUGCAUACUUGCAUUGGACCUAUCUAAAAAAAUUCUCAGUUUUGACUUUUUAAUUUUUUUACCUUUUAUGUAACUGUUAUGUACAAAACAAAAAUCUUGACAGAAAACAUAGAAGCUACAGCAUUAAAUAUAAUUGAUACUUUAAUAUUACUAAUACAUAUUAUUGAUAGAUUAAUCAAAAUGAGGGAUAAUAAUAUUAUGUCAUAAUUUAAUAGAAAGUGUAAUAAGUUUUACUAUAAAAAUAAAUAUUAACUCAGAAGAUUUUAACAAACAAAAUCAAAGUAGAUUAAAGCCCAAAAAGAUAGACGUGAAUCCUACAGUAAAUUUAAAAGCCUUUUACAGAGUGGAAUUCAAACAAGUGUUUGAUACAUUGUUAAAUUUGUUUUCAGAAUAUUUAAACAAUUGUAUGUCAAUCAUAGAACCUUUAAUGAACAUUUAGGUAAAGAAUCUAAUAAUAAUGAUUAUGAUGGACUUCUAGCUGAAUUAGAUAUUUUACACUACCACUGCAUCAAUAAAAACUUUUAAAGAUUAAUUAAAAUAUUUAUAGUAUCCAAAAAUUUCAACCAUAAUAUUUUACUAAUAGACAAUAAACUAUGCAGAAUGAUUUUUACUGUACCAGUUAGCACUGCAUCAUCAUGGUUAAUUGAUAAUUAACCAACUUAAGUUAGUUAUCUAGUUAAUGAAUUCCCCUCCCUACAAAUUUAUUUAAGAGGAUUUAUAAAUAUUUAUACAGAUAUAUUUUUAUUUUUAUAAUAUUGCUCACAAGAGCAAGAAUACCACAAUAGAUAUUACUGUAUUCUGUUAGUGUAAAAUAAACUUCCAUAUAAGUUCCAUAAGUAUCCACUAAGACGACGCUAGUAUUGCUAGAAGGGAAAUACCCUUGCACUCCAUCUGUUCUAUAACACUUCGUAAUCAUAAUAUUCAUCUCGUGUUCAGUCCUGUGUAUUUUAGUCCGUGGGUUAAAGCAGUGGUCUUCAACCGAGAGGUCGCGACCCAUUUUCAAAUCACAGUAUAUGUUUCACAUACUGGUAUGAUUCUACGUAGUAUGACAUUAAAUAUAAUAAUUUCCAAGUAAACCGGGCUAAUAAUAAAAUAAAUAUAUUAUAUUAUUAUCGUUAAAGGGUCCCAUAAUCUACGAACAUUGUCGAUGUUGUCGCUGUGUUUUAAGACGAAUAAAUGUUAGUCGCGUUAUUAUUCUAGUCACAUUUACGUAUACGUUAAAAAGUUUUUUUAUUUUUAUUUAUUCAGUUAUAACAGUACUACUACAAAGUAUUAAAUCAUUUUUGGUUUUUUUUUCUGUUUUUCUUUAUGUAUGCCUUAUGUGGGUCACAAAAAAUUUACACCUAAAAAAGUGAGUCGUGAGUCCAAAAAGGUUCAAGACCACUGGGUUAAAGGAUGUUAUCUUACUAAUGGUAACAAAUUUAACAAAAACCUCAAAAAUUUAACAUAGAUAAUUAAGAAUUAUUAUGACCUAGUUUACACCGUGGACUUGCGUAUCGACAUAAUCUGAUACGCUCUAUCAAAGCGUACCUUACUAAAUUUGAUACAUAUCAAAGUUCAGUAUGCCCAGUGUAAACUAGGCCUUUAUUUUCUAUAAAAAUCAUUUGGGUAAAAUUACAAUAAUAUAAAAAGACUAAUAUAUUUUAGUGGGUAAAAUUUGGUAAUAAUAAACACAAAAAUAGUUGGCUAACAUAAAAGUUGACCACUUGUUCCGCAGUUCGAUCUAGCGGUCGCGACUCUGUGCGUUACACACAGAACGUUAAUUUUAUUCUUCUCGCUUGUGUUUACUGCAUUACGAUAUCAAGUAUAUAUACUGUUCGACGGUCGUAUACCAUCCGUGAGGUCUCGCAUGGCUCAGCCGUCUAAUUCGUUGUAUGGUAAGCAACACCCCCUGGUCGUCUUGUAUACCUGAUGAGGUUAUUACGAUCUCGGUGGGAAAUUUCUGCGUUUUCGAUUUUAACUUUCAAAACUUGGUAUUGUAUCAUGUGGCAAUAGUUCUUCAGUGUCGUAAUGUGUAAUUGUACAGGAAAGUCAGCCUGCGACGGUGAUGUAGUACAUUAUAUUAAAGAUGUAUGUACAUACUUCCCCGGCUGCCCUCGUCAUAUUUACCAUCCACUCUACUCCUAUUGAUAUAUUUCAUAUACCUUGUUACUUAGUCCCGUCGUGUCUCAGUGUACGAUUCUUCAGAAUUUCGCCCAAAGACCGACCCUUAUCACGGCUGCUCCAAGCUCUAAUUUCCCGACCUCCAAAAAAACUUUUGCCGUUUUUUCAAAUCAAUUUUUAUUAAAAUUUUUGUAAAUCUAAAUAUUCCACUCGAUUAAUUUAUUGGUUUUUUUUUUAAAUUACAAAAUCAGGGAUAGCAAUUAUAUAAGUUCUAUUAAUUUUAAAAAUAAUUAUCAUUUGGUAUUUUCCAGUUAUAGUUUUCAAACCAUAACUAUUCAAAUUUAAAAAAAUGCAAAUACUUCUGUGUUUUGCCAAAAUUAAAAUUCACCUGAUAUUUUACACUAAUGUUAAAUGUAAGUACAACACAUGAUGUAAUAUUCAAAUUUAAAAAUAAAAAAUUACUAUAUUUCCCAUUGUGCACUGAAUAUAAUAUAAUUACUUAACUAAUUAAUAUUAACAAGAUGUGUAUUUCAAAUCUCCUAUAAUGGUAAAUAGUAGAUAUCUUACAAAAAAUUGAACACCAGCCUAAUAUAUUUUAGUACACUAAACUAUAGACCAAUAGAUUUAUUUUAACAAUUUGUGUUGUAGUCAUUAUGCAAUAUUUUUUAUGAAACUGAUACAUAGUUGAAGACUAGUUUUUUUUUAACAAAUAAAUUAUAUACAUAAAUUAAGUUAUUCAAUAACAUUGGUUUUAAAAUUUUAACACACAGUUCUUUGUAUUAAUUACAUUUUAAAAUAAAUAUAGAAUAAAAUAUUUAAUAUUUUUACACAUUUCAAAGAUUAAAUUGGAUAAAAGUAAUGGAAUAAAAAAUAGCAACCAUAAAAAAAAAACAAUUAAAUAAUUAAAUUGAUAGACUUAAUAAAUACCUACCUAAUUAGUAGUUUUUCUUUUCACCAAAUCUGUCCCAGAACUAUCUUGUUAAUCAUUGGUUUGAAUAAAUCACUUUUAGGAAAUGUAAAAAUAGUUACAAAUCGGUUGUCCUCAUAUUUAUCUCAAAUCAUAGCACUUACCAUUACAAUGUACCCAACAUUUUCAUACUAAACACCUUACCUUAAACAACUAUGUCUCCAUUCUUACAUCUAAACAUGUUAACCUCAAAAAUAAAUUUAUCCUUUAAAAAUUGCUCUUCAAACCAAUUUGCACUUAUGGUGUUCAAAUAUGGGGAGUUGCUAAAUUCAACAUUAAUAAAAUCCAAACAUUCCAAUCCAAAUUCCUUCCUUAAAUAACCAAAGUCCCCCUACUAUGUUUGAAAUAAUAAUUCUUUAUUUUAACAGUACUACAAUGUUGCUAAAUUAUUCUAUUAAAGCUUAAACUCUCCAAUCUUUACAACCCUUUUAUUUCAGAACUGUCAGCUCCUACUAUGCACCAUGACCUCAAAAGGCUCUUAA